UAUAAAGUAGGCCCUUCUGCUCCCAAAGUAGCUUUUUUAUAAUAUUAUCUGUCUGCAUUUCCGAUUUUCCAUCUCGAUUUUUCUAAAUUUGUCCAAUACAUUCCGCAAUGGCCGAGGGAAUCAUCAAAAAAACUGAAAAUUUUGUCCAUGAAUACAUGAACAAGUACGACUGUUCGCACGACUGGCAGCAUGUCAACCGUGUUGUGCGCCAGGCGCUGGCGCUGGCCCGAAUGCAAUCGCAGACAAAGCAUGUUGACGUUCUUGUUGUUCAUCUAGCAGCGCUGCUACAUGAUGUUGACGAUGCCAAAUAUGUGCACCAUGACGACACGAAAUUUUCAAGCGAGAAUUUUCUUGUCGGCCUUGGGAUGGACAGCGCCAGGGCCGCAUUUGUUUGCCGCGUAGCGGAUGGGGUGUCUUUCCGAAAGGAGCUCUUGGCUGAGGAAUUGCACAAACAGGGGACUGGCGAUGAGGAUGACUGGGAAUGGCGCCAGAGCUGUGUCGAGCUGGCGUGCGUGCAGGAUGCAGACCGCCUGGAUGCAAUUGGCGCAUUUGGUGUGCUCAGAUGCGCGGCCUUCUCUGGGGCGCGUAACCGUACACUUCAUGCUCCGAAGGACAGGUUCAUUGAAAACAUCACGUAUGAGCAGUACGUCCAAGCGACGGACAACUCAGCGGCAACGGCUAUUUCUCACUUCCAUGAGAAGCUUUUGCAGUUGGCCGCAAAAAUGAAAACUGACCAAGGACGACAAGAAGCACAGCGCCGACACGAUUUCAUGCUUCAGUUCAUUCGCCAGGUCGACUGCGAAUUUGCAUUUGGGGAUAGGGCUGAUGAGAAGUGACCAGGCCCACCUGGCAUGAAAAAACCGCACCUGUGGCUACUUAUGCAAUUUGGCAAAUCGCAUUACAUUAAUACUAGAAUUUUUAAUAAAAUUCGUUUUUUAGAUAUAAAAAUUUUUCACGCCAAGCAUGCCUAUUUAUUUUUUCACUGGCAAUUAAUGUACGGUAAAAUA